AUAAAGGUUAUUUAAAUGAGGAUGUAAAGUAAAGCUGGACAACAUCUACCUCAGUCUGGUAUCCUAAGUCAAGUAAAAUGAAGACUCAGACACACCUCCAUGUCUCCACUCCGGUGAGACAGAGCCUGGUACUGAGCAAGGUGGCAGGGACCUCCAUUUACCUCAAACUGGACUCAGCUCAGCCCACAGGCUCAUUCAAAAUAAGGGGCAUUGGUCAUCUGUGCAAGACAUGGGCAGAAAGAGGAUGUCAGUGGUUUGUGUGCUGCUCUGGAGGUAAUGCUGGUAUGGCAGCAGCUUAUUCUGCACGUCAGCUUGGGAUUCCUGCUACCAUUGUGGUUCCCAGUGUCACCCCAAAUGCCACAGUGGAGCGGCUAAAGGACGAAGGAGCCAAUGUUGUUAUUCAUGGAAAAUCUCUAAAUGAAAGCAUUGAUUAUGGGCAGCAGCUAGUUGCCAAUAACCCUGGAUGGAUUUUCAUCUCUCCUUUUGAUGAUCCACUCAUUUGGGAGGGCCACAAGUCUCUGGUUAAAGAACUGGAGCAGGACCUGAGAGAAAAGCCUGGGGCGGUGGUCCUGUCGGUGGGUGGGGGAGGCCUGCUGAAUGGGGUGGUGGAGGGACUGCGGCGAGCCAGCUGGGACGAUGUGCCUAUUGUUGCUAUGGAAACCAUCGGAGCCCAUAGCCUCAAUGCAGCCAUGAAGGCAGGAGAGCUCGUAACUUUACCUGAAAUAACCAGUGUUGCCACAACAUUGGGAUUGACCAGAGUUUCCAAACAAACUAUGAAAUUAGUAAAGGAGCAUAAAGUGUUUUCACAAAUAGUCACAGACCAUGAGGCUGUCAAAGCUGUUGAGCGCUUUCUAGAUGAUGAGAAGAUCUUAGUGGAACCAGCCUGUGGUGCUGCUCUGGCAGCUGUGUACAGUGGCAUAAUUAAAAAGCUACAGGAUGAGGACAAGUUGGCAAAGCAGUUAGGUCCUGUGGUCAUUGUGGUGUGUGGGGGCAACAACAUCAGCAUGGAGCAGCUAUGGAUGCUCAAAAAGCAGCUGGGUAUGGUUUAGCACCUUAGACAGGGCCCUUUGGUCUCACUGUGGUGCCUUCAGCCAAUUGCCUGGUCAUUUGGGUGUGCUGUUGCCUUAAUCAUUCCAAAAUUAAGCUCU